AUGAAUUCUCAGUCUUUUUAUGCACAAACGUUUGCCUCAUAUCACAUAAGAUAUGCCGAUAUUGCGGAUCUCCUUUGGGAACUCUUCGAGAAGAAGGACUUCAAGAUCGAAGAAGAGAUUGAUGCACUGCGUUCCCAUGAGGAUGAUGGAUUUGGUAACAAUGUGGUACCUGAAAUCCUUGCAGAAGUUCCAUCGGCAACCGAAAGCAUGCUCUCUGGGCAUAAGAUUCUAAAAAUACUAGGGUCUCCUUCACUUCCCUUUCCAGGUGGAAAAAUCAUUGAGCAUAUCGAUCUACUCGCAAACGAGGAAUUAGGCGCAUACGGCCUUUUCUCACAGAAAGACUUAGUGGGACUAGGUAUGUCAUCCGAGGUAUACUCUGUCGAUGCGAGGAUUUACUUGAGAUCCACAAUACUCGCAGAACGUACGCCGCCCACACAGAAAGUAGCCGUGAAGAGGCUUUCCCCCAAGGCGACUAAAAAGCAGUUCGUUGCUGAAUACGAGGCUUUUUGCAAAACCCAGCCAUUUCAGCACCCGAACAUCGUCCAACUGUUAGGGGCCUGUACUACAGGACGGAUAAUGAAUUUCUUGUUCCCACUAGCCCUCGGCAAUCUCAAAUAUCUUCUCAGGGGCACAGGUCCAUGGGAAGAGCCACAUGUGCUACGCAAUUCUCAAACACUGUGGGGUCAAAUGGAAGGUUUAGCAAGUGCACUUGAGUUUCUGCACGACGGCUGCAAGACGGUGCAUAGAGACAUCAAACCAUCCAAUAUUCUGCUAUAUAGCGACAGCACCUGUCCGUAUAUCCAGGCCAAGAUCGCUGAUUUUGGACUUGCUCUCAAUCUGGAAGGCACAACAACUCACACGCUAGGCACACUAGAAGCCAUUUCGGCUUGGGAAUACGAUGCCCCAGAAGUGCGUCAAGAGGUCAAGAAGGCUCAAGCAGACCCGUCCUUGGUUGUUGAUCCCACAGGUCUUGUCCAAGGAGAUGUUUGGAAAUUUGGUUCGGUGAUGGUUGAACUCAUGACCUUUCUCAUCCAUGGAAGUCCAGGCGUAAAGGAGUUUCGACAGUUUAUCACGACUGUAGAUGGAAAUCUUACAUCGGACGAGAUUGCAGCGACUCGGUUAGAUGAUGGCGAGAAGGUAAAGCCUGAAGUACUCACGUGGCUUCAUUGGUUGGGACGGGACUCCCCGAGAGCCGUCGAGAUUGCACCUCUUUUGGAGACCAUGUUGGGCGGGGCUUCUUCAAGACCCGAUAUGAAAACAGUGGCGGAAACCCUUCGUCGGUCAAACUGUGUCUUUUGGGAUGGUGCGAGAGCGGUGCGAUUCAUCCAAUCUGCCGAUACGCCUCAACCCAGCAUAGUCGACAAUUGGAAAGCGAGACUUGAGAACAGGCUUCAAUCUCGCAUCGAUUGGUGGCCAUUGAGGCAUGGAACAAGACUAUGUUUACCCCAAACCGUACGCAUUAUGUGGACAUGGUCCGGAAGAGAACUCUCUCUAGAUAUUGGGGAAGCAAAGGCACGAGAGUACAUGAAGUCCUGUGUUCCUCUGAAAGAUCCAUCAACUCCCACGGUCCCCAGCAGAGCUUAUACUCCCGGUUCCCACUCUGCUGGUCAAUCUCAGGCCAUGAGCCCUAAACCGUCUCCUCCUGGUUCAUCUAGUGGAACGUCUUCACUUCAACCACCAGGCUCUUAUCCGCUGAUAACAAUCACAACGAAACCCCCGAAUCCUUCCAACGGAUUGAGAGAGCUUUAUUGGUGCGUUGAACAACCAUGGUUAACUCUGAAGACGAUUCGGCGGUCAGUCACGCAUGAAAACUGCCUCCACAACGACCAGUCACUCAUUCAAAACUUGCGCCGAGAGUAUGACCGGAUUCGAGGGUGGAAAGGUCGAAUAUUCUCAUGGAAAACAUGUCAGAAUGUGGAAUUUGUCAAGUUUUUCAACCACGUGCCUCAUCAGGACAUAGUGGAGGUGAUAGAACACGGCCUUCCAAAGCCCACAGACUAUGAGUAUAAGAUAGUCCAUGACGAGGCUAUACAUCGAAAGAUGGCGGCGCGCCAGAUAUGUGACGGCAUGGCGAACGCGGAAAAUAUACGAGGCGACUUUACAGUAUUGAUGCUUCCGAAGCAUGUAAAGCAUAUUGACAAUUGGGAAGGGGGUACUCAGGCGUGGGGGAUGUAUGCCGUCCCAGAUUGGGCAUUAUGGAAAUUUCUUAUAUGGUUCGGCGCGUUGACUACCCUGGGUUUGGGCUUCAUUGUAUUCUGGCUGGUCUUUAUCAGCAAAACUGACUUGCAGAAUGCUUUCGUCCCUGCCAUGUAUAUUACAGCCAUGGUCAUGAUCGCAUUGGGCAUUCCCCAGAUGAGAGGCAGGGCUUGAUGGCUAGCGUAAAAUGGAAUAGCG